CAUAUUUAUAGAAUGAAAAUGCGUUGCACUACGACAAUAUUCGUAUUUCUAAGUUUAGUAACCGGAAUUGUUGCAGCAAGACGCUCAAGCUGUUCUGAUAUUCGUGUAGUUGACCUAUCUCAUGUACAUGGACCUAAACCUCUUACGGCUCCAUUCUUUCCACCGUACAGUUUUAAUAUUGUAAACAGAUCCUACAGUCCGAUGCUUGGUGGUAAUUGGUUUGAAAUUAACUAUAUUGGCACAUCUGAACACAGUGGAACACAUAUUGAUGCUCCAUCACAUUUCUACAGAAACAGAAAACGCAUGAAUGAAAUUCCAUUAGACAAAUUAUAUGGACCAGGAGUUAUCAUAGAUAUUAGGAGACAGGUAUCGAAAAACGUGAAUUACAGAGUAAAAGUAUCGGACAUUAAACGAUGGGAAGCAACACAUGGCCGAAUACCGAAAGGAGCAGUCGUUCUGUUUAAUUCCGGAUGGUCUAGCAGACAUCCAAAUCCAAAUAGAGUGUUCAAUACCCAAAACACUUCUGAUAUUACCUCCUACCAAUUUUCAUCCUAUGAAUUCAGUGCAAUUUUUAGCGAAAUUUCGUUCUGUUAA